AGAGAUAGAGAGAGAGAGAGGGGAAGAGGAAGAGAAGCACCGGAACAGCCUUUAAUUCGUCUCUUAAUGCUCCGGUUGCUCUGGUUUCAUUAUCUGUAAAUAAAUGCGACACAGGCUGUGCGCGCGCACACACACUUGCACGACAACAUAAAGAAGAAGAAGCACGCAGCGCAAACAGGCGGGACUUCCUUGCGGGCUGUUUAUCCGGGUGUGCAGCCUGCAGCGGGACAACGAGGUCUUCUCGUCACACGAUGCCGGGCUGCUCGCUGCGAGGAGGCGGCGGCCCUCUGGUUCUCCUGUGGGCGCUGACGCUGCCUCUGGUCUCCCUCCAGCGCCCGGACCGGCCCAAGCUGCUGCUCCUGUCCUUCGACGGCUUCCGCUGGGACUACAUCGACCGGGUGCCGACGCCCAACUUCCACAACCUCAUCGACGACGGCGUGAUGGUGAGCCACGUGGAGAACGUCUACGUCACCAAAACAUUCCCCAACCACUACAGCUUGGUGACGGGCCUGUACGCCGAGACGCACGGCAUCGUGGCCAACGAGAUGUACGACCCGGCCACCGGCCGCUCCUUCUCCAUGGAGACGGACAGCAUCUACGAGCCGGCGUGGUGGGAGCAGGCGGAGCCGCUCUGGGUGACCGUCCAGAAGGCCGGGGGGCGGAGCGCGGCGGCCAUGUGGCCCGGGUCCGACGUGAAGAUCUACGGCGUCUACCCGAGUCGGUACCUCCCGUACAACGCCUCGGUCCCCUUCAAAGACAGAGUGGCGCGGAUCGUCCGGUGGUUCUCCGGACCCGAGGGGGAGGAGGUGGACUUCGGAGUCCUUUACUGGGAGGAGCCGGACGAGAGCGGCCACGCCCUGGGGCCCCAGAGUCCCCUCAUGGACCCGGUCAUCACUGACAUCGACGAGAAGCUGGGCUUCCUCGUGAACGCGCUGAAGGAGGCGGGGCUCUACGAGAAGGUGAACCUGGUGGUGACCAGCGACCACGGCAUGGCGCAGCUGUUCCCCGACAAGAUCAUCGAGCUGGACCAGUACGUGACCCGAGACCUGUACACCUGGGUGGACAGGAGCCCCGUGGUGGCCCUGCUGCCCAAAGAAGGGAAGCUGGACGAGGUCUUCGGCAAGCUGGUGGACGCCAACCCCAACAUGGUGGUGUACAAGAAGGAGGACGUCCCCGAGCGCUUCCACUAUCGGCACAACGGCCGGAUCAUGCCCAUCCUCAUCGAGGCCAUGGAGGGCUGGACCAUCAUGCAGAACCGGACCGGGCCCUUCAUGCUUGGUAACCACGGCUACGACAACACCCUGCGCAGCAUGCAGCCCGUGUUCGUGGCCCGCGGGCCGGCCUUUCGCCAGAAUUACCUCAAGGACUCCAUGCGCUCCGUUGACCUUUACCCCCUCAUGUGCCACAUCCUGUCCGUCGACCCGCUGCCGAACAACGGCUCCCUCCCCGACGUACGGGACAUGCUUUCCCAGGAGCCGCCGCUGCCUCCGCCCACGCCCGGCACGCCGCCCUCCGGCGCCGGCAGCGCCGCCGCCGCCCCGAGGUUCGACGUGCCUCCCGGGGCCGACGCCCACUCCCACUCCUACGCCCCCCUGGUGGGCUCCCUCCUCGGCGUGGUGAUGGUGCUGGGCUUCCUGGUGGUCUACAUAAAGCAGGUGACCCUCAAGCAGCUGCCCUCGCUGCACCACCGGAGCAGGGAGAUGUCGCAGCCCUUGCUGCAGGAGGACCUGCACCUGUAGACGGAGAGAGAGGGGGGGGGAGAGAAGAGGAGGUGUCGCUCCCCCAAGGUAGUCCACUCUGUCCAGAAGCAUCUGGAGGGAAUCCAGAGGAGACGUCUGGUGGAUCCAGAUGACACACUUUUUACACGGGCUUCAUCGUGGCUUUGCUUUUCGAUUGUGAAUUUUACCUCAAUAUCAUCUCGUCGCCGUCACGUUAUAUUAUAAGUGAGGCUUCUUAAGUUAAGAGUAUGUUUUUGUUUGUUUUUAUGAACCCAUGUUGGCCCAAUAAAAACUGACGGAUAAAAAUGGAGGUGUUCGUAUGCUCGAAACAGGUGAUGGUUAGCGGUGUGUCCGUACAGAAGAGGGAUCCAGAUUGUUUUUCCUUUUUUAUUUAUUUAAUACAUUUAUUUAUUUAAAUAGCACUUUUCAAAACUGAUGUUACAAAGUGCCUCACAGAACCCCAAACACUGUUUUGAGGCAUAUUGACACCUUUUACUCUCCUGGCGGUAUCAAGCGGUACAGACGGCUGUAGACUGGAGUUUAUUUGGGUUUGUUUUUAUUUAACAGAUGUGUGUCCAUGAGAGGAAAAGACAGAACGGGCCUUCUCCGAACUUAAAAAAAAAAGUUUUUUGUUGUUGUGGUGAACGUGUGGUCUGAGCACUGGAUUAUAAUUUAAUUAAAAAAGAAAAUAUAUGUGUGAAUAUACACUACCGUUCAAAAGUUUGGGGUCACUUAGAAAUGUCUUUAUUUUUCAAAGAAAAGCACUGUUUUUUCAAUAAAGAUAACAUUAAUCAUAAAUACACUCUCUACAUUGUUAAUGUGGUAAAUGACUAUUCUAGGUGGAAGUGUCUGGUUUCUAAUGAAAUAUCUCCAGAGGUGUAUAGAGGCCCAUUUCCAUCAACUAUCACUCCAGUGUUCUAAUGGUACAUUGUGUUUGCUAAUCGCCUUAGAAGACUAAUGUCUGAUUAGAAAACCCUUGUGCAAUUAUGUUAGCACAGCUGAAAACAGUUAUGCUGGUGAUAUAAGCUAUACAACUGGCCUUCCUUUGAGCUUGUAGUUUGUAGAACAAAAUUAAUACUUCAAAUAUUAAUCAUUAUUUCUAACCUUGUCAAUGUCUUGACUAUAUUUUCUAUUCAAUUUUCAAUUCAUUUGAUAAAUAAAAGUGAGUUUUCAUGGAAGACACAAAAUUAUCUGGAUGACCCCAAACUUUUGAACGGUCGGAAAAAGUAAUCAAAAUGAGUGGAAUGUUUUAUUUCUGAAUGUUCCACUAAAGAAUCCUCCAGCGUGCCAGGAAACAGUAAAAAAAAGGCGCUGUCCCGUUAGCCGGUCACGUUCCGUUAGCAUGGUCACGUCCCGUUAGCCAAUCACGUCCCGUUAGCCGGUCACGUUCCGUUAGCAUGGUCACAUCCCGUUAGCCUGGUCACGUCCCGUUAGCCUGGUCACGUCACGUUAGCCGAUCAAGUCCCGUUAGCCUGGUCACGUCCAACGACCUUUGCUCUUAUAGUCGUGAGUUGCCUUUGUUCGGGGAGCAUUGCUCUAUGAAUGUGCAUCGUGUGUGUGUCACGUUUAUGUUUCCGUAGUUGUGUGUGCUCGACCCUCAUCGUGCGGCGUAGAGGUUCAUUCGUUAGUCAAACGUGAAGUGCAGUUGCUAUUGAUCAGUAUCUUUCUUCAUUUAGGGAUUUAAAGGGUUUAGUUGUUGCCGUGUACCUGAUUUGCACUACGGGAUGGACAAAGGGAAAGAAGGGGCGCUAGAGGACGUGUUUGAGGUCAUGUACUUGCACUUCUUGUUGGUAAAGUUGCUUUUUGAAAUUAUGAAGAAGAUAAAAUGAGGUGCCUCUUUGCCAAAGAGCUUUUCCCCCCAAUUAGUAAUAUUAUAAGGCAAAUCGGCAAAUACAAUUUUUUUCUUUCUGCUUGUGUUUUAAGAUGGAUUACUUAUACUUGAGCCCCCCCCCAAAAUGACACAUCACUGUGAUAUAGACUGUUUGCAACAUUUUAAUUCUGAAAUUUGUAAUUUUCUGGUAAAUUGGUUUUGUGUUUUUUUCGCCCGACUUAUUGACAGAGAAAUUAAAUAUUUCCAGAAUAUAUUUAAAUAAUUCAUCAAAAUGUUAGCUCUGGUUUCUCAGUUGAUUAUUACCGUGGGUUUAUAAUUAAUAUGAUUUACAAAUUAACUAUCUUUGCCAUGUUGAUGCAAUUAAAGACCUAUGUGAAACUGA